AUGGUUCUUGGAAAUCUGCUUGUCAUCGCAUACGGUAUCGUACCAGGUUUUGCGGCGCUAGAGGAGUGCAACAUUGAGAUGCCCGCCGAAGAUGAGCUAUGGGAUGCCACGACGGCUUCUGAAUGGAGGUCAGUUGUGCAGAGAAGACUACCCUCUUCGCCCCUAGGUCUUCGUGAAGCGACUGCUUGGAUAUUUGGCAACAGCAUACAGGAAGAAAGACCAGAUGCAAGCUGGAUAUGGUCACCCUUCGCAGCUUCCAUCGUGAUGCAUCAAGUUGCUAUAGCCGUUUGGUUCUUCGCCCACGGCAAAGACGCAUGCUACGGAAAGACACAACGCUAUCGAGAAAGCCACCAAUCUGACGCCAAGAGGAUAGAGGCUGCUCUUUCGAGGUGUAGAGACUUACUGACCGAGACACGAGAUGGCAACGACGGCACGUGGAGCGAAGCCGACGGCCCAUUGCUGUUUAAUGCAUUUGCAGUUUUGCGUGUUUCGUAUGGCCGAGCCUUCAUCAACUUUCGGUCUUUGGACCGCUCGCUACUCUUUCAGGAGAGCAAGCAGGAUAUGCUGGUCAUCUUGCAACGCUACUUUGAUACUGCUCAGGAGCGGGAUGGGUACAUGACCAUGGCUAUUGAUUGCGCUUUGGAAGGCUUUGCUAUUCCUAUCCGAGCGGGGGUCUUACUCAUGCAAAAGACGGCGGCGUUGAAGUGGAGUGUUGAACAUGCUUUGGCAGGGUGGGAUGCCGCCCUUCUAGUGACAAAGUGGGUUCACACGGUCGAAUGUCUGCAGUCUACGAAUGGAGAGACGACGUCGGGAGAAUUAAAGGUUCUCGGUAAUGUUCGUUACCUUCUCGGUCAGAUUGACGUGGAUUGCUCUCAAUCUUGCUCUCUCGCCGCGGACCUGGCUCGUGUCUGGGCAGGGCUCUAUGAUGAUACCUGGGUUUGGGGUGUCGCACCACGAAUGAGCUGGGUUCUUCGCGAGCUGGCCCAGUUGUACGAGCAGGAAGCCAAUUCAAAUUUGGAAAGGCAUCGCUCAACUUGA